CAAAAUUAUGUGGAAAAGUUACCUAAAGAGCAAAUGCUUGGAAAUCCACCGAAAGUAACAGAUUUCCUUAAUGACCUCGAUAAAGAAGAUUUUAAUAGCAUUCUAGAGUUUAUAUAUAAUAUUAAAAAACAAAAAAUUCCUACACAUUCCGAAAACAAUCUUACCAAUCUUAUUCAAAGCUUAAGUGAUGAAGAAAAAAAAGAUGCAAUUAAGCUCUUAGAAAAUAUGAGAUACCCAAAAGGAAAAAAUCAAGGAAAAAUUAUAUCUUCAUAUUUACAAUGGCAAUUGGUCGAUGUAAUUUCUAAUUCUCUUUAUCGGCCACAGUUAAGCUAUACUGCCUUGCAAAAAGAAU